AUGUUGCGUCCGCGCGCCCACAUCGCAAGAGUGUGCCGCCCUCACAACACACCCCCACAUCAUACACUCCCGCAUCACGCACUCAACGCGUCGUGGCUUCCACGUUAUUCGCCCGCUGUUCCACACACGCACACGCGCACACGCCUCCCCGUACCUCUCCCCGCGAGCACCCAAGCGAAUCACGACUCGCCGGCAGGUAGCCCCCACCAUCAGGUGCCGCCUCCCCCUCCCCGCCAGGCCACUCAGGUAACACCUCUCUCGAAUGGCACGCAAACAGGAUCUGUCCAUAUAUCUGACGCCCCGUCAGGGAGCGGACGGCUGAGAUACGAUCCUCAGGCGAUCGCGGCGGAGUACAGAUGGCGGCCCGUGACAGUAGCGAGGCGCACGGGUGUGACUAUAGCGGAGCUGGGGCGCAUGUGGUGGCGGAAACAGACGGUGGCGGACGUGAGAGUGCGCGCUAGGAAGUUCAGGGAGUCUCUUGUUCGCCUCGGCCCCUUCUACGUCAAGCUGGGGCAGGCGCUCAGCACGCGCCCCGACAUCCUGCCGCCCGAGUACUGCGCUGAGCUGGCGCUGCUGCAGGACCGCAUGGCGCCCUUCCCCUGCCACGUGGCGCUUGCUACAGUGCAGCGUGAGCUGGGAGUGCCGCCCAGUGAGCUGUUUGCCGAGUUCAGCCUGGCCCCUGUGGCCGCUGCGUCGCUGGGACAGGUGUACAAAGCCCGUCUCCGCUUGGGCGAGUGGGUGGCAGUGAAGAUCCAACGGCCAGCAGUGCAGCAGCAGAUCGCCCUGGAUUCCCUCGUGGUGCGCCGCGUGGCAGCGCUGCUGCAGCCCCUCGUGCACGGCAGAUCCGAUCUCGUUGCCAUCGCCGACCAGCUGGUGUGUCGCAUGUUUGACGAGGUGGACUAUGAGCAGGAGGGGCGCAAUGCAGAGCGAUUCCAGGCGCUCUAUGGCGACCACCGGUACCGGCCCGCCGAUCAAGGGCAAUCCAAAUCCUCCCAGGGCACGCGCCGUGGCCUUGUGAAGGUUCCAAGAAUCUUCUGGGAGUACUCUAGUCGUCGCGUGCUCACUAUGGAGUGGAUUGAUGGCAUCAAGCUCACGGACCGUGCAGGGCUGCUGCAAGCCGGCCUCAACACACAGUUCGUUGUGGACCUGGGAGUGCUCUGCUCGCUGCGCCAGCUGCUGGAGGAGGGAUUCUUCCACGCGGACCCGCACCCGGGCAAUCUGGUGGUGACACGUGGCGGCCAGCUGGCGUACUUUGACUUUGGCAUGAUGGGCGAGCUGCCACCUCAGCAGCGAAUCAGCAUCAUCCGCGCGGUGGUGCACUACGUUAACCGCGACGCCCAGGGUCUGGCGCAAGACUUUCGAGCGCUCCACUUCAUUCCGCCACAGGCAGACGUGGCUCCCGUUGCUGCUGCGCUCGCAGAGGUGUUCCGUGAGGAGGGGCCGAGGAGGGGGGAGAGGCAUGGUGAUGGCAGCACAAGCGGCAUGGACUUUCAGGGGGUCAUCCUGCGUCUCUCAUCAGUGAUGUACCGCUUCCGAUUCAGCCUGCCGCCACACCUCUCGCUCGUUGUGCGUGCGCUGGGCUCCCUGGAAGGCACAGCAACGACACUCGAUCCCAACUUCAAGGUGGUGGCAACAGCAUACCCCUUCAUUAUAGCGCGGCUCCUCUCAGACCCCUCACCGGACAUGCGAGCCAUUCUGCGCCAGAUGCUGCUCUGGCCCUCGGGGGCAAUCCGCUGGCAGCGCCUGCAGCGACUGGCGUCCGUCCUCUCGAAGCCAUCCCCUCCAAGAGAGCCCGAGCAGAGGAAUGUAUCACACGCUUCAGCGGAGGAGGAGGAGGUUUUGGCAGAUCGUGGUGGGGCGGAGCGGCACAAAGGGGGUCAGAGGGAUGAGCUGAGGGAGGGGGUGGAUGAGGCAGCGGUGGUGGCAGCAGCAGGGGAUUUCCUGGCGUAUGUGAUGUCUCCCGAGGGCAGCCGCACACGAGGGUGGCUCGUGCUUGAUGCUGUUGCUGCGGGGCAGCGGUGGGUGGAUGAGAGGGUUGUUUCGACUGAAGAUUUGCUUCGGCAGCAGUGGGAGGAGACGCAGCGGCUUGGGGCGACUGGGGAUUCACGUGGGAUACGGCAAGAAGCAGGCCGUGCGAUGGCACAGGGGAGAGACACCGGAGAGGCGGGGAUGGAACAGGAUAGCAGAUCUAGCAGGAGAAAGGAGCAGACACCUCCUGUGGACCCGUUGGGCACACUGGCAGCAGCAGUGCAGCGCGCACCGGAGCUGUGGGUGCCGCUGCUGGUGGAGACAGCAGGCAGGGCGGAGGCCAGGGAGAUGGCGGGUAGGGUGGUGCGAGGGGUGGCAGCCCAUGCUGCUGACACUGCUGUGGAAAGUGUGCUUCUGGCCGCGUCACGCUGGCUCCACUCCAAGUAG